CGACAGUUAAGAAUCGAUGUUGUUUGCAGAUCGAAAGUAACGCAUAUCGAAUGCAAAAUUUUGGAGCUCCAAAGCAACUCGAAUUCAUUUCCAAUUUUCUCACCGGAAUAUUGAGUCAUCGAUCUAAACUCUUUGUGUGUUUACGUGUGACUAAAAGCCCACCACUUCUUGAGGUGGCAAAUUAGUGGAGUAAUGGCGUCAACUUCUUCACAGGACGCUUGGUACCUCGCCCUAUUAGGGCUGGCUGAACAUUUUCGAGUUUCGACGCCUCCAAAUAUUCGUAUGUGUGUACAGUGUCUUCAAACUGUAUUUAGUUUUAAACCUCCACCACGCGUAGAAGCAAGAACACAUCUUCAAUUGGGAAAUAUUCUUGUACUUUACACAAAAAAUGUUGAUUUGGCCCGUUCUCACUUGGAACAAGCUUGGUAUCAAUCACAGAAUAUUGCUGCCUUUGACGACAUCAAAUAUGAAUCUGCAAGUCUUCUGGCAGAACUUUAUGAGCAACAGAAUCAAACCAAUCUAGCUAAACCUUUGUUGAGAAAAACCAUAGAAAUGUCUCAACAGAAUGUUUUCUGGCACUGCAGAUUACUCUUCCAGCUAGCUCAAAUUCAUUCCAAUGAAAGAGAUUAUCUGUCAGCCUGUGGUCUCCUGGGAGUUGGAGCUGAUUAUGCACACAUUUCUGGAGCCCAGUAUUCUAGAUUAUUGUUUACUCUCAGCAAAUGCAUGUUACUGCUGAUUGAUAAAAAGUUCAAUGAACUUCAUCCCCUACUGGCCCAAGUAGGACCAAUUAUUGAUAACUGGCAGGGCUCUCUUCAACAAAAAGAAUAUCUUAAAAUAUUCUUUUUGGUCCUGCAAGUGUGCCAAUGUUUGAUGUCUGGGCAGGUGAAGAGUGUUAAACCAUACUUAAAACAACUGCAACAAAGCAUUCAGACCAUUACGCAACCAAAUCUGAUGCCUAGUGACGAAGAUGUGUCAGCUGGGAAUUCGGGUGAUAUGUUUGUAUGGAUGUCGAAAGAACAUCUGUGCGUUUUGGUUUACGUUGUGACAGUUAUGCAUUCGAUGCAAGCCGGCUACAUGGACAAAGCCCAGAAGUAUACAGAGAAAGCGUUCCUGCAAAUUGAGAAACUCAAACUAUCUGACAACCGGAGUAUUUUAACCUCUUUCCACAUUCUUCUGCUCGAACAUUUGAUUCUGUGUCGAUUGGUCAUGGGUCAAAAAGGUCAAGCUAUUCGGGAAGUGGCAACAGCAGCCCAAUUGUGCGCUGCAGGGCCUCCUCGUUUGCUUGCCGCUCAUUCAGCACAGUUGCAUACUUUGCUGGGCCUGUAUGCAAUGAGCAUGAAUUCUAUGGAAGCUGCAGAAGCUCAAUUCAACGUUGCCCUAAGAAGCACAACGGAUCGUGAGCUAUGGACAUUUGCAAAUUUGAAUCUUGCCAUCGUUUACUUGCGAAUGAAACGUGAAGGGGAUUUUAAUAAACUUAUCGAAAACAUCAACCCUGAGACGUUGCCGUCACACUCGCACAGCUUGCGAGCAGCCGCUUUCUACGUUCAAGGACUGCAGUGUUUCUUCCAAGCUCGAUACAACGAAGCAAAGCGCUAUUUGAGAGAAACGUUAAAAAUGGCCAAUGCUGAAGACCUAAACCGCCUAACUUCCUGUUCGCUUGUGUUACUCGGUCAUAUUUUCCUCUCGUUGGGCAACAAUCGCGAGGCAAUGAACAUGGUCACGCCGGCAAUGCAACUGGCCUCCAAAAUUCCGGAUGUUCACAUCCAACUGUGGGCGUCAGCCAUCCUAAAAGAUUUGUAUCGAAUGUGCGGCGACGGAGGGAGAGAAGCCGAGGCGUACCAAACUCACGCCAAUUUCUCCCAGCUACUUAUGAAGGACAAUUAUGCAUCACACCAAUCUCCAGAGCAUGCACUGAUUACGUGGAUAGAACAGCCACUCGCCUCUUUCCUUCAGCUCGGCACUAAUAAUGCCAAUAACUUGGGCGCACCCAGCACCUCCAAUAUGAUCAUGCCCACUCCCGGUUCUUCCUCUCUCAUGUAAAAUCAGCGCAGGUACGUCACAUACUUUCUCAAACCACCCCCAAAGCCCUGUAAAUGAUUGAAUAGAGUGUCUCGUUCUUGUUUCCUGGUCUGUCGUGUUUUCCCUGUCUCUCUUUUCUUGCAGUAAAGUUAAUUGAAUUCGAUCCGGAAAUUCGAUCUUAAUUGUUUUCGAGGUAGUGCUUGAUCCGUCUCCUCACGUUGCAACGCAAGGUAAAACUUGAACCCACUCCUUACGUUGCAAACACCAAAGGCUAUUGUAAAUAAUCGAAUAUUUUUCGACGCGACAUGUUAACUUAAAAGCUCGUUUAAUGUAUAAUUUACUUUACAUCGAGGCCAAAGUUGUUUGAUUCUACUGCGUCUGGAUUUCAACGUCGUCAUUUCCCUCCCUCCUAUUCGUUCUCUCACUCCAUGUAUUUGAUAACAAAAGUUUCGAAUUCAUCAAUCCUUUCCUCCUCCCCCAACCCCUAUAUCCCCCUUGUACCAUAUAAAAUAGAAUGCGUUGUAUAUGGCAUAACUCAAAAUACACACACACGCAGCCGCGUGCGCGGAUUUUCCUUUUA